UGUGAAGUGAGACAUGCGGAGGCCGGAUGAUAGAAAUAGCAGGUCCAACUGGGGAUACGGGGCAGCCGAGGGGGAAAUGAUUGGCAGGGUUUCAGCUGGUGAGUGUCGAUCGGAUGUCAAGUUGAUGGAUCUCAUAUUGGGAUGUGAAACCUAUACUUUGUUUGUUGUACUUUGUGGUUACGGGUGUGGUGUCCCUAUAGGGCUAUAUAACUCAGGGUCGGUAUACGAGUAUUAAGAAUAGAUCCGAUGACCCGUAGCUACUUAAAAUAUAUUGAUGCAUGUGGAUGGUGGAGAGGGAAAGGAGAGCAG